AUGUGAUUUGUUCACUGAAAACAUGGCGUCCAGGCACAACAAGAUGUUUGUCCCUGGAACUUCCUCAAAGACGUUUACCUUAUUUGCUACUUUAAUCGGAUUGUGUUGCUUUUGUGCGUCCGCUGGAAAUAAAAUCCAAACAGCGAUCAUCGACAAAUAUACCGGGCAGCUGACUAUCGUCGAAGGUUAUCGCGAAGAUUUUGUUGCCUGGGCAAACUUCACAGAUGACAUCAAAACAACCGGCUGGUCCUUUUUGGAGGUCACCACCAGCAGCCGGUACAAUGACAGCAUCCAAGCUUAUGCUGCUGGUGCCGUCGAGGCUUCAGUCACUUCUGUGCUCAUGUAUAAACACUGGAUGAACACUCUGAUGGGUUACUGUGGGCCCAUCAUAUCUGAAUCUGCUUACUGUGAGCGCCUUAAGAUUUUUAUCUCAGCCAACCUUCAGUGGGUUCAAGAUCAAGUGGAGAAGCAGCCAACUUCACCCUACUGGCACCAGGUGCAUCUGGCGCUGCUGCAGAUUAAAGGUCUUGAAGACAGCUUCUAUGACCAGCUGUACUUUCCCACUACGCGCUUCAACCUCAAGCCACUUGGCUUCCUACUUUUCCAGAUGGGUGGAGAUCUUGAAGACUUGGAGUCGGUGCUGAAUAAAUCCAGCAAAACUCGCGCCCUUGGUUCUGGCUCCUGUUCUGCGCUCAUUAAACUGCUGCCAAACAACAAAGAUCUGCUGGUGUCGCAUGACACCUGGAACACUUACCAGGCCAUGCUGCGUAUUAUGAAGAAGUACAUCUUCGCCUUCAAAACGUCUCCUCUAGAAAACGAUCCUCUUCCUGGAGGAACUCAGGCCUUCUCAUCAUAUCCUGGAUCCAUCUUUUCUGGCGAUGACUUUUACAUCUUAAGCAGUGGUUUGGUUACACUGGAAACCACCAUCGGCAACAACAACCCUGCUCUCUGGAAGUUUGUCCAGCCAACGGGAACAGUAAUGGAAUGGCUGCGGAACAUCGUUGCUAAUCGGUUGGCGACUACAGGCCAGGAGUGGGCAGAGAUAUUCAGCAAGUACAACAGUGGAACGUACAACAACCAGUGGAUGAUUGUGGAUUAUAACCGCUUCACUCCAGGACAGGCAGCCAUUAAAGAUGGCCUCUUUGUUGUGUUGGAACAAAUUCCGGGCCUUGUUGUAUACAGAGAUAAGACUCAGGAACUCCUGAAGAACGGUUACUGGGCUAGUUACAACAUCCCGUACUACGUAGAGAUCUUUAAUGCCAGUGGCUGCAAUGAACUGGUGGAGAAGUACGGCCCCUGGUUCUCUCUGGAUCAGAAUCCUCGGGCUCAGAUAUUCAAGAGAAACCAGACUGGUGUCAUAGAUUUGGAAUCCAUGGUGCGCCUUAUGAGGUACAACAACUUUAAAGCAGAUCCAUUGUCAAAGUGUGAUGGAUGUGAUCCACCUCAGAAUGGGGAGAACGCAAUCUCGGCUCGUUCGGACCUCAACCCAGCUAAUGGGACGUAUCCAUUUGGUGCCUUAAAGCAGAGACCGCAUGGAGGAACAGACAUGAAGCUGACUUCCUACGAAAUGUUCAGCGAGUAUGGCAUGCUGGCAGUCAGCGGGCCGACCUGGGACCAGGUGCCACCUUUCCAGUGGAGCACUUCUCCUUAUGAAAACUUGUACCACAUGGGACACCCUGAUGUGUGGGCUUUCAAGCCUAUAAAAGUCACCUGGACACCUUGAUUGGUCUAAUAAGUACUUGGUGCAAACUUUAAGGUUAUGACAAAAAGGGAAAUGAGCUGGAACUAAACAUUCUUUGUGAUUGUUACUGUUUGCUUUUGUUUUUUUUCCUUUUAAGAGCUGUUUACAUCUGUUUCUGAUGACAAAUUUGUAACUAAUUUUUGUGUUUAAAUGUUUAAUUAAAGAAUAUCCCUUUUUUUAAAAACCUUUUUAAUGCGUGUUUCUGUAUACAACAUUUGGUCAGUAAAUGAGGCCAUCUCAGUAAAUUCUCAAAAGUAUUUUGGUAAUUAAAUUCAAAAGGUGAAAGUCAUCAAGAGUCUUUAAACACAGAUUUUGCAAAAAUAUAUUUCUUCUCUUUUUGCACUACUUUCUUAAAAGGUCUUGGGUUUGAAUCCCUUCCUGAAGUUUUUGCAUUAAAUUUGCAUGUUGUCCCUUUUGUGUCUUCUUAGCUUCUUAUUGUACAGAAUUAUGCAUUCUGUUGGUCAUUCUAAAUUUCCCCUAGAAUUUUGUAUGUGCAUGCAUCACCUGUACAGGGCAUUUCCAUUACCUACCCCAAUCAUCCAGACCAGAAUAUGUAGUUAUGUAGAUGAGGGAAGGAUGGCUUGCAGCUGAUGGAAACAAGAUUUUGCACAAAACUGAGUACUAUGUGUGAUGCAUUUAAAUGAAAGAUGCAUGCACAAAUAUUUGCCUAAUGAAAAGCGUGUUUGACUACAAUGUAUGUAAAUGUACUUAAGGGUCUGUUUGCAAAUUGCCUCAUCAGUUUGUCUCAAUUUAUCCCGACUCUAUUGAGUCAGGAUUCCUAUGGCCUGAUUUAGAUCAGUCCACAAUCCAAUUUGCUGAACAAUAAAGAAUAUGGGUUAACGUAA